CGAUGCGUUCAUUCCCGUGCGAGACGUACACGCGAACGGACGCGUUUGUGAAGUGAAAAGGGUGCAAUCGAAAAGGGUUAACGGCUCGGUACGAGAAGAAGAACUAGUGAUAAACAAAAACAGUAACUGUGAAGUGAUUGUGAGUUGUGAGAUCAUCAGGCAUCAGGCUCAAAGUUCAUUUUGAAGAAGCUAGAAGGCUCUGGUUCUUUCGGUGUGCGUAAUCUCAACAAACCGAGACCGAAUAAUAACAGGCCUCACAAACGAGUGUACAAACGAGUUAGCUUACUGGCAAGAUCCAAAGUGCACCCGCAGCCUAUCGACAGAUUCAUCCAGAACCCGGAUACAAUGGCCGCCAUUGGGUAUGUCAUCUUUGGACGGUAUUCAAGCAUACCACGGUGGACGACGAUCGGUGUCUAUCUGCUGACUUUACUCAUCUGCCGGCUAGCGUGUGUGGAGGCACAGGUACCAGGAUUCGGCAAAUGUCCCAAAGUACCGGUGGAAGAACAUUUCGACACUUACGCGUAUCUUGGCCGAUGGUACGAGCAGGAAAAGUAUCCAUUUUUCUUCGAGCUGGGUGGCAAAUGCAUCACGGCUGAUUAUUCGCUCAACCCGGACGGUACGAUUGGGGUGCUGAACACGCAGAAGAAUUCGCUCACGGGCAACGAUAACAGCAUCAGUGGAUCGGCAAGGAUUGUGCAGUCUGCAAAGUUGGCUGUCAAGUUCCCGAGUGCACCUUUCAACGUUGAAGCGCCAUACUGGGUGGUUGGUACCGACUACAAAACGUUCGCCGUCGUGUAUGCCUGUUCCGAUCUUCGUGGCUUCAUCAAUGCAAAGGUAGCAUGGAUUCUGACCCGCAAACGCCAUCCGGACAUUGAAACGAUGAAGAAGGCGUACGCUGUGCUCGACAGUGCCAAAAUCUCGCGGGCGUACCUGACGCGUACGGAUCAGAAAAAUUGUGGCGAAGAGGUGAUAAAGGUCAGUAAAGGCGUGUACAAAACGUCCGUCGUGAAGGGUUGAAGUGUCCUGCAGAUGUGCUCGGGAGAAGCAUUUCAACGCAACGGUGUCGUGAUUCGUGUAGUAUUAAAGCAGCUAUAAAGUUUAAGUAAAUAUAUUUGCUAAGGAACAUCCAUAUGAAACA